AUGGACCUGUGGAGCUCUGCAACAAAAGCUAGGGAGGUGUGCGGAGACGAGAACCAGUUCCCUCGAGUGGAGAAUACUGACUCCUCUCUGGACCAACUGGCCUUCGGCAAACAACUGAAAUCGUUCCGACUGCUGACUCAGCUACUGCCGGAUUCAAAUCGUCAGGUCCUGAAAGAUCUCCUCCAUAUUCUGCGACAAGUGUUUGAGAACGAGAAGUGCACGCGGAUGACGGCUUCCGCGCUUGGGACCAUAUUUGGUCCUGUAUUCAGUCCCGGCAUGUUCGAUCCUUCGAAGUCAUCCUCAUUGGCGCCCACAACAGCGGAGACAGCUUGCCGCGAACGGUGUCAAGACGCAAUCCAGUUGGCAACGCGCCUCAUCGAAAUCAAUGACGACCUGUUUCCGCUUCCAACCUCAUUAGUGGAGGACAUAUAUAAAAACCUGAACGCUGAGGACCCGGCAAAGCUUCUGCUUACACCCAGGGGCAAGAGACUAGUACCCGGCGACAAAGAAGACUCCCAGAACCGAUCACCACCCCUGCAAACUUCCAUAAGGUUCGCAACCCUGUGCUCCCCGUAUGAAAAACGGAAAGUCCCUGCGGAGCCGGACACGAGGUCCUCCAGGCUGCCGCAACCCUCUUCCCCACAUAGCGACGGCGCCGGAGAUGACGGUGAUGUUCGGUCGAAAAAGCAUGGCAAGAAGGAACCCGAGGUCACUGCCAGGCGAGUCGAAAAAGUGUUCAGUGCACCACGCCUGGGUGCACUGCGCGAGGCCUUCUAG